AUCUCUUACAAGGGCCAACAAGGCACGCAAGUCUCAAACAGCUCUUGGCCAACACAACUGCCAUAUCCAUUUUUUUCCAACGCAAUAUGAAUCCCCCAUCGAAGAACUGAUUGACCUUGUUUGGUCGCCCCCGCGAGGGGUCCAGCGGCAACACAAAAGCAGGAAGCAUCCUGAUAACUUCUAAUAUUACUGUCAAUGGGGCUUCACCAUCUACCGCACGUACUAUGGCCCUGAAUCCGAUAGGUACUGGAAUAUGCUUUUGAGUUCCUUAAGCAGCAAACUAGGCUGGCAUUUGGAUACUUUGAGGGUAAAGAGGAUAUAGACCAAAGCGACGUGCAGCUACUCAAGAAACUUUUCCACCUUGACGCACGCGAAGACGCGUCGCUGCUCGAGGGUCUUGACAUCAGAGGCAUCCGAGAACUGUGCCAACGCCAGGACUUGGAUGAUAAACGAGCCAUGGCUGGUCACCUCUACGAGUUUGUUUUAGUCGCUGAUGAGUCGGUGUUGAAGGAUAUUGCAAAUGGCGAAUCGAUUGUCAAGGCGGUCUCCCUGGGUUGGCAUGAGGGGUUUUUGGGGUGGGGUUGGAUGAGGAUACCAACAAGCUAUCUUUUAGAGCUAUGGCUAUUUCUCAGCAUGCAUGUUUACAGUACCGAGUCAGCUCUUAGGUUCAACGGGCCUGAGCAAGAUCUGGAUACCUAUUUGUGGCCCGGGGAUGUUUCUCUUCAAGGUACAGGACGGUUCUCUGAAGUUCGUCCAUUGCUUUUCCACUACAGAGGACAAAGACGGAAUGUAAUGGUGUAUUCUAAGGAAAAUACAAAGAUUCUAUCAACUAUGUAGAUUCCAGUAUCUGUCGACGGAUCAGG